UUUUUUUCUCUUUUAUUUCGGAAAAAUAUAUAAUAUGAUCCUGAAACGUAUAUCAACCGUGUUAGGAUUGAAUUCUGACAUAAACCUAUUUUCUGCUUAUUGUGCGGCUAGUUUAUUUAUAUAUCUUGAGCUCUUGGACCAACUCGUUGUUAUUAUUACAGAAGCUAUCAGUAAUUCAGAAUAUAAAAGAUUUCCCGCUAGUAACCUUAUGGUGGGCUAUACAGGACAAAGCCUCUUAGUCAUUAUUGUCGCUAUUAUUCAACUAUCGUUUAGUGUGUUAAUCAUAAGAAAUCUAGGCUAUGUGAUUUCAAGAAGCACUUGGAAACUCUCUUUAACAUGUAUUUGUAUUUCUUUAGCUUCUAUAUGUUUUAGAACAUUCAGUUCUUGGUUCAUUCAAGAUACAGAAAGUGUUUAUUACAUCGCUACUUAUAAUGUUACUUCUGUUUGUGUGAUUGUGGGCGCAUCUUUAUGGAUUCCUUUUGCUUUUUGUAAAAGCGAUAAAUACAUACCUCCCAGUAGAGAAGAGGGCGAUCCUCGAUCCAGAAUAACUACAACCAACGGACCUCGACCUGUCUAUCGACCCAACAACCAAGAAUCAGCAGACGAUGAACUACCUUCCUAUUACGAAAUGAUGCCACCUCCUUCUUACAAAAAAGCAUUAAAAUCGCUCCCUCCUACCAAUCAAUCAGCCAUCAUUGUACCUAUAGAACAAACACAGGAUGAAUCAUCAUCCACACUUCAUCGCUCCUAAAUGUAUACCUUGUACUAUAUAAAAG